ACUCUUGCGUAGUUAAUUUCAAACUUGCUCAUCUCCACUUCGGAUGGAAAAUUCUAGCACAUAAGCAUUUUUUCCACUCAGUUUCUUAUUUGACAGGCCUUUUUUGAAGAGACCAACGAUUCUUCUUGUUCGUAAAACGCUAGGAAAGACCGUCUAAAUUUUAGGUUGAAGAAGCUCUGAACAAGACAAGAAGGAAUCAUCAUGAGCACCUCAAGCAUCGACCCAGCUAUGCUGGCAACUGUGAAGGAGUUUGUCGAACUGUUGAAACAUCAGCCCAGCCUGAUCUUUACAGAGGAUCUAAAGUUUCUUCGGGAUUAUUUGUCUGCAGUUGGUGCAAAGCUGCCCAAGAUGCCAGAACCUGGUAACAAAAGCGGAUCUGGAGAUUCCAAACCUUCUGGUGGCGAACCCAAGAAACCGACAGCAAAGCCUACCGUAGAAGAAGUAAUUGACGACGAGAUGGAGAUAGAGGAAGAGCCAUUUCCAGAGCUUCCCCAAGAAGGAGUUGUUGAUGCUGACGAAGUUGAUUCAAACCAAGACAUGGGGUCGAAUGCUGAAGAUGUUGGGGAGGAAGCGAUGGAAAAGUCCAAUGAAUUGAAGAUGGAGGCAGUUGGACUGUUUGGCGAAGGCAAAUUUGAAGAAUGUAUACAAAAAUAUACAGAGGCAAUUAAGUUGAAUGGACACGCUGCAGUCCUUUUUGCUAAACGUGGACAAGCUUAUCUUAGAUUGGAAAAGCCUAAUGCUUGCAUCAAAGAUUGCUCCAAAGCCCUCGAAUUAAACCCUGACUCGGCAAUUGGUUACAAGUUUAGGGGUCGGGCUCAUCGACUUCUUGGUCACUGGGAGGAAGCAGCGUCUGACCUGCGUCAAGCAUGCAAGAUUGAUUUCGAUGAACAAACUGACGAAUGGCUGAAGGAGUGUCAGCCAAACGCGAGGAAGGUGGAAGAGUGGAGAAUUCGUAAAAAGUUACGAGAUGAAGAACGCGACAUUCAGCAAAGGAAGGCUCGAGCGCAGGAGCGGGCACGCGCGCAUGCUGCAAGUGCAGAAGCUCAUCAUCAGCAAGAACAAGAUUCCGAGGGACCUGACUCUGACUUUCUCGGAGGAUUGGGUGGCAUCCUGGGAGAUCCAGAAAUUGCUGGGCUAAUGAACGAUCCCGAGGUUGCGGAGGCUUUCAAAGACAUUGGACAAAAUCCUGCUAACCUUCUGAAAUAUCAAAAUAAUCCAAAGGUCAUGAAAUUUAUUCAAGCGUUCCAAAAGAAAAUGGGGGGAAUGGGUGGUAUGCCAGGAAUGGGCGGAGGUAUGCCAGGCAUGGGGGGCAUGCCCGGAGGAAUGCCCGGAUUUCCUGGGGGCAUGGGUGGCUUUCCGGGGAUGCCUGGAUUCGGGGGAGCAAGUGCACCACCACCUCCGAACCCAACCCCAAACAUGAAACCUCCCGGCGACGAUCUUGACUGAGCAAAGUGAGGUCGAACUAUGCAGAGGCAUCAACUAUAAUAGCCAGAUUUCUUCACAACGCUACAGUUAUUCAUAUAUGGGAUAAAAUUGUUGUUGAGGUAGAUCAAAAAACUGAGUUUAUUGUUAUAUUUAGUUGCCAUGAGAUUUUUGUAUGGUACGUAAAAUUAAAAUAUGUAUAAUCUGAAAGGCUGUAUGUCUGGUCAAAAUUAUAUAUCUAAAUGUAACCAUACCACACAUUUAUAGUUUAUACUCCUCCUUCCAAAACUUAUGAUUACGUACUUCUUUAAUUUUCAGUUGCGUUGCUUACCUUGUAUGUCAUAAAUUUCUUCAAAAACUGUGCCUCAGUCCGGUCAAUAAAGCAAUAUGUUUAAUUUUUGAAAUAUUACAUAUA